AUGCAGUCAGUGGUAACAAGUGACUCUGGGUUCUGAGGUAAUCAUUCAGAUUGACCUUCAAGCAAUGAUGUACUGUAUCACUCACAGCCCACCAAUCACCAUUCAUCACUAUUCAUCACUAUUCAUCAACCAGUAAUUGGCACAGUCAAUACAAUUAACACAACACCUCUUUAUCUAUAAGCUAUUCAUAUUGUAUGUAAAAACAAUGUUUUAUGAAAGGGCAAAUUGGACCAAAUUUGAUUGCACCUGUCUUUGAUUAUAAACUUCUUAGAGGUAAUGUAUUCUAGCAGUCAAGUAAAAAUACCAUUCACUUUUGUGCAAUCAUUUACACUGUACACUGACGAUUGAACAUGGCAACCGUCCAGAACGUACUCUGUCUGAAAUGUGAUGACAGAGCAGUAAUGAGUAUUCCACAGUAUUUGUGUCUAUGGCUGCAUGGAGCGUAAUCCUCCCGGAUGCACAUUUUGGGUUUUGCCCUAACACUACACAGCUGAUUCAAAUAACCAACUAAUCACCAAGCUUUGAUUAUUUGAAUCAGCUGUGUAGUGCUAGGGCAAAAACCAAAAAGUGCACCCGGGGUGCAACUCAAUCUUAGGAAGGUGUUCAUAAUGUUUUGUACACUCAGUGUCCUCCCGAGUGGCGCAGUGGUCUAAGGCACUAGCUGUGCCACUAGAGAUCCUGGUUCGAAUCCAGGCUCUGUCGUAGCCGGCCGUGACCGGGAGACCCAUGGGGCGGCGCGCAAUUCAUACAAUUGCAACGCCAGGGUUGUGGGUUCGAUUCCAGUAUAAAAAAUAAAAAUGUAUGCACUCACUAACUGUAAGUCGCUCUGGAUAAGAGCGUCUGCUAAAUGACUAAAAUGUAAAUGUAUAGCUAUGUAAUUUGAGGACUGUAGGCUAAAAGUAUUCCCUACUUAUUGAUCCAGUUCAUAAGUGGGUUGUUAUUGGCUCUCAAUCAUAAGGUGCUAGAGAAUCCCAUUGUAUAUUUUACAAUGAUUAUAUCCCUACAUCAUGAAAAUGAUUAACCAAGAGGUUAUUAGUCUUUAAUUCUGAUUUACUGGUCCACCUCUCUCACUGGAAUAAUUUAUUGAUUCAAAUGGUGGGUUUUAUGAACACAUGAGUUUGACUAUUACUGUUCUCCUCUCAUAAUGAAGGGGCUUUUGAAUUUUGAAUUCAGUACAAUAUUGAAAAAUGUUUUUUCCUCACUACAUUGUCAUAAUCUGUAGAAAUCCAAUUUUGCACCAUUUACUCCAGUAGUUCAGUAUUAAUGGUGGCGGGAAAAAAGCUCUGCAACAAUGACUGAACUUUGGAAAUGGUUGGGUUCAGGGAUGGAUUGGAUAUGUCUGCUACGUUAACUAGCUCAUUCUUGAUGAUGGUUUUGGUUUGGAACAGGUCUGCCCCAGGCGAAUAAGGCUAAGAUCUUCCAGGGGCUGACAGUGGACCAGGGAUUCUACACAUCCAAGGACUUCCUGCCACUGGUGGCCAAGGCCAGUAAAGCCGGUACGUUAUAAAGGAAAUGAUAAAGGGACUUUCAUAGUCACACAGAAUUAGGUACACUUGUCAUUUUGUACCGUAGGGGUGUACCGUAGGGUGUAAAAUAAAUUAAAUCAGAUGCUUGUCUGACAACGUCACAGUCGUUUCGGCUGCAAUAAAAAGGGCCAAAAUCUCUCCCAUCAAAAAUGGCACAGUCAGUUCAGGAAUAAUACAUCUUCAGACAGCAAACGCAAGCACAACUCUGAAGUACAGUACUGCUGAUAUUAAAAUAUGUUUUGCUGUUGAAACGUAUUGUAAGAGCAGGGUAAAAGAGCUACCUGGUUUUAUCGCCCUCUGUCCAUCUCACAGUCUCGCUCUCGCUCUCUGUUUUCUCUUCCUCUUCCUCCCCCACUAUCUCUCUAAGGCAUGUGUAGCUGUAAGUCUCAACUGCCCGAGCUCCAUGGCGUGGUCAUCGUCCUAGGUGCCGGUGACACGGCGUUCGACUGUGCCACCUCUGCCCUGCGAUGCGGUGCACGCCGAGUCUUCGUGGUCUUCAGGAAGGGCUUCACUAACAUCCGUGCCGUCCCCGAGGAGGUAGACAUAAAGCUAGAGCCUCUCAGACCCUGGCUCUUAACUUUGGCUUUAAAGUUGUUUCUGACCCAUGCUCCUUUGACCACAAUAUUGAUUGUGACCUCCUACCCUGAGAUGCUUUUUGAAUACGGGCCCUGGGCAGCAUUAUAA